AUGUCAAACAUGUCAAAGUCAACAAAAAAUUCAGCAUUUCAGGAAAUUCUACGAAAAAAUUAAUUUUAAUUCGUGAAUAAAGAAUUAAAUGUCGAAGAAAAGACAUUUUGAGUUCGUAAUGGCUGAGGAUAAUACUGGAACUCGUCUCGUAUCAUACGAGCAAGUGAAAACUCUAGUCGAUUUCAUGGGGCAGAAUAUUCAGUUUGCUACAGGCAGUCUACGCACGCUGGAAGCUCGCCAAACAUCAAAAAAACUUUGGGCCGAGCUGACAAAAAUGUUGAAUGAUUGUAGAUUGGGCACUAAAAAAACAGCUGAUGGAUGGAGUAAGUACUGGAGUGACUUUAAAAAUAAGUUAAAAAAUAAAGUAAGAACACUAAAUAGGCAAAAGCCUGGAUUUGCAUUGGAUAAAACAAUUACACCACUUACAAAACUGGAAAGGAAAGCACUUGUCAUCUUAGCACCACAUUUUGAGAAGAUGCUGUCCAGGACGGAGGCAUUUGUGGAUAAAUCUGCAGAUAUUCCACCAGAAGUAAAACUUGAGACAUUCCAAGAAAACAAUGAAUACUGUAAAGAUCAAAUGGAGAACUCUAAUGACAGGUUAUCAGGUGUAGACAGAGAAAGUGAAGAUAGUGCCCAGUCCAGUAAUGAGGAUUAUAUGGAUGACACAGAUUUGAACUCAAACGACCCUUUAGUGCACAAUCUCUAUCCCAAAUGGUUAAUAGAAGUUGAAAAGAAACGUGCCGACGCCGAGCUACUACGGGCGACAGCGGAAGAGAAUCGAGCCAAAGCGUCGGCCAAGAGCGCUGAAGCAGCCCUAAUCCAGGCCGAAGCCCUGAAGAGGCUUGCCGAGGCAGCUGUGGCGCAGGCCAAUGCUAUCGCGCAGAUCGCAGCGGUCUUGGAAAGUAGGGCGCACACGGAUGACGUGUUGUCUGUCUCGUCAAGCGCUUCGAGUUCAAUGCCGGGCUACAGAAUACCAAAUUAAUGCAUGUGCAAUGUUAUUAUUCUCACAUCCCUAGCGCCGGGUGUGGUGCGGGCAGCGGGGCGCUCGCGCUAACCGAGUCCACCGCACCGAUAUCGAUCUCAGCAUUGGCUUCAUAGAGUAACUUGUCUAUAUGAGACUUGUACCGAACCGAUCACACGCGCGGAGACUGUCGCAAAACCGCCAUUUUGUCGCGACGCGCCACCUGUAUACUAGACACUUCCUUU